CUGUAGGCAGUUUUAGACAAGCAUUCCAAUUGUGUCGUUCAGUAUCAAUAAUUAUCCCCUCUCGUGCGUUUUUUGAUCGCUUCGUAAUUCUAUAGCGGACAAAACGACUUGCCAAAUCAUUCCGUCUUACACAAUACAUACAGGACUAUCCCAUCCGGGUGGGUGUAAUCAUACUAUAUAUAAAGUUCGUGUGUUUGCAUAUGUAUAGUAUGAUAUAAAAUGAAAGCACGUGUCAUUCACAAGGCAGAGUCGAAUGAAAGUGGCAUUAAUGCGUCUGAUAAAACGCAUGAUUUAACGAUGCGAUAUAGUCGGAUACAGCGGCGUGAAUAAAAUACAUUCGUGAUACUUGAUUAUUAUUCGUGUUUAUUGCUUCAUCGUCGAAAUAUGUCCGCCACCAAGAAAUUUGAUAAUCCGAAUCCGCGGAUGUCCGCAACUCCAGUCAGUAAAUUGUUCUUCUGCUGGUUGGUGAAAUUAUUCUGGUAUGGAAAGGAUCAUGAUUUGGAGAUGAAAAAUAUAUACAAUACACUGCCUGCUGAUACGAGUGAACUUCUGGGAAACAAAUUAGAAGAAUAUUGGAGAAAUGAAAUACGCAUAGCUGAAAAAAGUGGUAGAAAACCAAAAUUUUUCACAGUUUUAAGGCAAACAUUUAUGUUGUCAUUUCUCUAUUAUGGAGGAUGGAUUUUAUUAAUGAGCAGUGUUUUAAGAGUUUUGCAACCAUAUAUUUUGGGUCUGCUCAUUUGGCACUUUGAUCCAAGAGCAACAUCUACUCAAGAAGAGGCGUAUCUCUAUGCAUCUGGUGUAAUAAUCAUAGGAAUAGUGAUAAUAUUAAUCAACCACCAUUCCAAUAUAGGCUUAAUGGAGAUUGGAAUGAGAGUGAGAAUAGCAAGUUCCUCUCUUAUGUACAGAAAGAUAUUAUGUUUAUCAAAAUCUUCUACUACCACUCCAGGACAAAUUAUUAAUCUGUUGUCAAAUGAUAUGUCAAGAUUUGAUCAGCUAUUUAUGUUUCUACAUUACAUUUGGAUUAUGCCUAUACAAGGUGCUGCAAUUACAUAUUUGAUAUGGCGAAGUGUCGGUAUUGCUUCAUUGGCUGGUAUAUUUUUGAUAACAAUUCAAACUAUUCCACUUCAAGGAUAUAUAAGUAAGUUGACUUCAAAGUUGCGUUUGAAAAGUGCAGUGAGAACUGAUGAGAGGGUUCGUUUGAUGUCUGAAAUAGUCAGUGGUAUAGAAGUUAUCAAAAUGUACACUUGGGAAAAACCAUUUCAGGAGCUAGUUAAUUGCAUAAGAAAAUACGAAAUUGAUGUUCUUACAUUAAUGUCAUAUCUAAGAGGUUUCACUUUGGCCACGUUUGUCUUUACGGAAAGAACAACAUUAUAUUUCACUGUAAUGGCUUAUGUAUUAUUUGGACACUCGAUAUCUGCAGAUAAAGUAUUCUCAAUGGCACAGUACUUUAACAUUCUUCAGCUCACUAUGGCAAUAUUGUAUCCUCUAGCUGUAAUAUCUCUUGCAGAAGCAGCUGUGUCUAUGAAGAGAAUCGAAAACUUCCUCUUAUUAAAUGAAAACAAUCCAUCGAUACAAUCACUAUCAGCUUCUAAAGGAAUGAGUAUCUUAAUGAAAGACGUUAAUGCUUCAUGGACAACUAAUGCAAUUGUGAAUACAUUACAUGAUAUUAAUAUUCAAAUUGGAACUGGAAAACUUUAUGUUAUUGUUGGUCCUGUAGGUGCAGGAAAGAGUUCCUUCCUGCAAGCGAUUUUAGGCGAACUGAAACCAUCACAUGGUCAGAUACAUGUAAGUGGUAAAAUAUCAUACGCUAGUCAAGAACCAUGGCUUUUUGCAGGCACAGUCCAAAGUAAUAUUUUAUUUGAUCAACCUUAUGAUAAAGAUAAAUAUCAAAGAGUUGUAAAGGCAUGUGCUCUUCUGAGAGAUUUUGAGCAACUUCCAUAUGGUGAUAAGACCUUAGUCAGUGAUAGGGGUACAGUACUUAGUGGCGGGCAACGUGCAAGAAUUAAUUUGGCAAGAGCCGUUUAUAGAGACACUGAUAUUUAUCUGUUUGAUGAUCCUCUAUCAGCUGUUGAUACUCAUGUUGGCAGACACUUGUUUGAUGAAUGCAUGAAUAAUUAUUUACAAAAUAAAACGAGAAUUCUCGUGACUCAUCAAUUACAAUACUUAAAACAAUGCGAUUAUAUUAUUAUUUUGAAUAAUGGUCAAAUUGAAAAUGAAGGCACAUUUUUGACUCUUCAAGAAAAAAAUGCAAACUUUUUAGAAACUUUAUCAAAAGAGGAAGAAGUUAACGAAGAGACGAAAGAAUUAUUAGAAAAUGAUACAAAUCCUGCAUCUGAUGUAACACAAAAUAUUAAAAUUACUAACAAUGAAGAAAUAGACGAGGCUGAACCUGAAGAAACCGAAGAACUUCUGGCCAAAGGAAGUUUACCAAAAUCGCUUUACUGGAAAUAUAUUCAUAGCGGCGCGUCAAUCAUUAUGAUUAUUAUCUUUCUAAUUUGCAUGAUUUUGGGACAACUUGGAAGUAGUGGUUGUGACUACUGGGUCGGUUAUUGGACGAAACAGGAAGAAAUGCGUAUCAAGGCUAUGCAAAGCAACAAUUUUACAACUUCCUCUUUUGCACCUGGAGAGAGAUUUAUUAGACAAAUAAACAAUACCUUGGAGACGAUGUCGAAUGUUUCAAUAACCACAGAUAAUUGGGAAGAUCAAAUCAAUGAUACUGCAUUGUCGCAAAACUUUACUGCCGAUAAUACUACCGAAAUUAUAGAUAUGGAUUUUUCCUAUCUCGACACGAAUACAGCUUUAUGGAUUUACGGAGGUUUUAUCAUUGUCAGUGUUAUAAUGACAACAUGUCGAAAUCUGAUUUUUUAUCAAAUAUGCAUGAACGCCAGUAAGAAUUUGCAUAACUUCAUGUUCUCGUGUUUACUCAAGGCACCCAUGUCAUUCUUUGAUAAUAACCCAUCGGGUCGAAUUUUAAAUCGGUUCUCGAAGGAUAUUGGCGCUGUGGACGAAAUUUUACCUAGGACCAUGAUAGAAACAAUUCAAAUUUUCGCAGUAAUGAUUGGAAUUCUAAUACAAAUAUUUAUUAUCAAUUGGUGGCUGAUAUUCCCUACAAUCAUUAUGAGUAUUUUGUACAAUGAGAUAAGGAAGAUUUACGUUCCAACAGCACAGAAUAUCAAACGAUUAGAAGGAAAUGCAAAAAGUCCCGUUUUCUCGCAUGUUAACUCCACAUUGUCAGGUUUGACGACGAUACGUUCGGCCGAUGCUCAGGAAAUGGUUCGCAAACAGUUCGACGAACACCAAGAUUUACACACUAGUACUUACUCGCUAAUUAUCGCAACUGGUACAAUGUUCGGUUUUGCGUUAGACAUAGUGACUAUUGGUUUCAUCGCUCUCGUUACAUAUAGUUUCGUCGCGUUAGACGAUGGAAAUACUUUCGCCGGAAAUGUCGGUUUAGCAAUUUCACAAGUACUUAUUUUAUGCGGUAUGGUGCAAUAUGGGAUACGUCAAACAGCCGAAACGAUCACGCAGAUGACAAGCGUGGAAAGAGUAUUGCAAUUCACCGAACUCGAGAAAGAGGGCCCAUUCGAAAGUAAUCCUACGGAUAAACCAUCGAAUGAUUGGCCUGCCAAGGGAGAGAUUAAAUUCGAUUGUGUUUCUCUUCGAUAUGUCGAAUCAAAGCCGCCCGUACUUAAAUCUUUGAAUUUUAUCAUAGAACCUGGCAUGAAAGUCGGAAUAGUGGGUCGCACUGGAGCUGGGAAAUCUUCUCUGAUCGCCGCUUUGUUCCAUAUGGCGAAAUUCGACGGUGCUAUUUACAUCGAUAAAGUUGACACGAAGAAAAUUGGUCUUCAUGAUUUAAGAAACAAGAUCUCGAUAAUACCGCAGGAACCAAUGUUAUUCUCCGCUACAUUAAGAGAUAAUCUCGAUCCGUUUCAUAAAUUUAACGAUGCCGAUCUAUGGAGUGCCUUGGAAGAGGUGGAAUUGAAAGAUACAAUGACCUCCUUGGACCAUUCCAUCGAACAGGGCGGUGUUAACUUAAGCGCCGGUCAACGACAAUUGAUUUGUCUGGCACGCGCGAUUUUACAAGAUAAUAAAAUUUUCGUACUUGAUGAAGCCACCGCAAAUGUCGAUCCUGCGACGGACACGCUGAUACAAACGACGAUCCGGAAGAAGUUCAAAACCUGCACGGUACUAACAAUAGCGCAUAGAUUGAACACUAUAAUGGACAGCGAUAAAGUGUUGAUAAUGGAUCAUGGUCAAAUGCUAGAAUUCGAUCACCCAUAUGUUCUAUUACAAAAUGAAAAGGGUCAUUUUAGCAGCAUGGUACAAGAAACUGGAAAACUAAUGGCUGAACAACUUAAACAGACUGCCAAAAUGGCUUAUGAGCAACAGCACACAUAAUUUCUUGUGAAAAUAUAACAAGAACAUUUCUUUGAUAAAAACAAAAAAUAUAUUCAUGUAUUUUUGUACUUA